AAAAGUAACCUCGCCAAAUCGCCUUAACCUUUCUCUCUCUCUCUGGAAGUAGUCUCUAUCUCCCCUCCUCCUAUUCUCUCUCUUAAUUUUUUUUUCUGGACUUCAUCGACCGGUAAAUCCAAUCAACUCCGCUUUCCUGUCAAUAAUCGCCGGAGUAUCAUCAUCGGUCAUCGGAGAUUGGUGUGUUCGUUCGUCGAUACAAUAGGUUUUUCGAGUAUCUCUUGAAAAGUUCUAAAAAAAUAAUAAAAUUCCCCUCCACUCACGUUCCGCCGCCGGCGCGUUCUUAUCGGCGACGCUUCGAUUUUAGACGCGUGCAAGAUUAUUAACCUGCGCACGCUCUCACUCUGUCGUCGUUCUUUCCUGUCUUUGUUGACCUAAUUUCUGUGACUUUGAGAGUGGCAGAUAACUUCAGGUGAUUAAGGAAUGUGGAUGUGAUAGUGGAAUUUUUCCAUCUGAAGCACAAAUUGGAUUUGCUGAAAGAGAAAAGCCAGGGUCAGCAAAUGAAGAGAGUGGACAGGGUGGAUCAGAGUGAAGAAGCAGAUGCACAUUCCAUUGACAAGGGUUCUGAUAUGAAGAUGGAUGGUCAACUUCAAAUUCGUGGUCAAGUAGAUGUUGCAAGCAGGUUGCAAGAUGAAGGAGCUACAGAUGAUGGUAAGAUAUCAAAUCUUCCUAGUGCAAAGGGGGCCUCUCAUAGUAGCAAAUGGGGUUCAACUUUUUGGAAAGUUUGUCAACCUAUGAAUUCUCAUGCUGGUUCAGAAUCUGGGCAAGAGUCAAAAAGCGGGUCAGAGUAUAAAAACGAGGAAGCUUCUGACUGCGACUCAUCUGAUGCGCAUGAAGAUAGACAAAGGUCAGAAGAUGAAAGUAGACAAAAGUUAGAAAUUCAGAGGGGUCAAGGUGAUCGUCCUACCGAUGAGAUGUCAUCGGAUGAUUAUUAUGAACAAGAUGGAGACGACCAAAGUGACUCACUUUAUAGAACAUCCAACCAUUUUACUGCUUUUGAUUUGAAACCUCAGUCAAGAUCUGCCCCUACUGGAUCAUGUAGUAAAUCAAGAAGUUCUCGUGAUGUGGAAUACGAUGAUGCUGAUGCUGAUGCUGAUGUUGAUUAUGAAGAUGAUGAAGAAGAAGAUGAGGAUGAUCCCGAGGAUGCUGAUUUUGAUCCUCAUUUUGGGGCAGCGAAAGGAGGGAGGAAAGGAAACAAGGAUGAAGAUUGGGACGGAGAGGGUUUUGACGAAGAAGAUAACAGUGAUGAUGAUUUAGAGAUUUCCGAUGAGGAUCAUGCUUAUUCUAAGAAACCAAAGGGCAGGCUUUGUAAGAGUGAGAGAAAUGUCAAGUCUACUAGAACAAUUAAAUCUGUGAGUUCAUCUGGACGGCAAAAGAGAAGUAUAGCAUCUUUUGAAGAAGAUUUCUCAGCUGAAGAUUCAGAGAAUGACAGCAUUGAGGAUAUCAAAAGCACCAGCAGGGGACGAGGUCAUCCACGCAAAACUGUUGGUGGCUUGACCACUUCAUUUAGUGGUAGAAACAAUGAAGUACGGACAUCUAACCGAUCGGUUCGGAAAGUAUCUUAUGUUGAAAGUGAAGAAAGUGAAGAAAUUGAUGAAGGAAAGAGAAAGAAGAGUAAGGAGGAGAUGGAAGAGGAAGAUGGAGACUCGAUCGAGAAGGUAUUAUGGCAUCAACCAAAGGGAACAGCCGAAGAAGCUUUACAGAGUAAUAGAUCAACCGAACCAGUGCUCUGGAGUCACUUGUUUGACUCCGUGCCAGAUUGGAAUGAUAUAGAGUUCUUAAUAAAAUGGAAAGGGCAAUCUCAUUUACAUUGUCAAUGGAAAUCAUUCUCUGAGCUGCAAAAUCUUAGUGGGUUUAAAAAGGUUAUAAAUUACACUAAAAAAGCGAUUGAAGAUAUAAACUACCGCAAAAGACUGUCACGUGAAGAGAUUGAGGUCAAUGAUGUGAGCAAGGAAAUGGACUUGGACAUCAUCAAACAAAACAGACAGGUGGAAAGAAUAAUUGCAGAUUCAGAAUCUAAGGAUGGUUCUGGUGGUAUGAUGUUCUUUGUUAAGUGGCAGGGAUUGUCUUAUGCAGAAGCCACAUGGGAAAAGGAAGCGGACAUUGUUUUGGCUGCAGAUGCUAUUGGUGAAUUCAAGGCUCGUGAGGAAGUUUUGAACAUACAAGGGAAAUUGGUGGACUUCCAACGCAAGCAGAGCAAAGUUAGUCUGAGGAAGCUAGAUGAGCAACCUGAAUGGUUAAUGGGAGGGAAACUCAGGGAUUACCAACUUGAGGGAUUGAAUUUUCUUGUCAAUAGCUGGAGGAACGACACAAAUGUUAUAUUGGCAGAUGAGAUGGGUCUGGGUAAAACAGUUCAAUCAGUAUCAAUGCUUGGUUUUUUACAGAAUGCACAACAAAUUUAUGGACCAUUUCUCGUUGUCGUCCCUUUAUCAACUUUAUCAAAUUGGGUAAAGGAGUUCAAGAAGUGGCUCCCGAACAUGAACGUUAUUGUGUAUGUUGGAGCCCGCGCAAGUCGGGAGGUCUGUCAGGAGUAUGAAUUCUAUAACACCAAGAAGGGUGGUCGGGGCAUAAAGUUUGACACUUUGCUGACUACAUACGAAGUGUUAUUAAAGGACAAGACAGUACUCUCAAGAAUCAAGUGGAACUAUCUUAUGGUUGAUGAAGCUCAUAGGUUGAAGAAUAGUGAGGCCUCACUUUAUACAGCACUCCUGGAAUUCAGUACAAAAAACAAGUUGCUUAUUACUGGUACACCCUUGCAGAACAGUGUGGAAGAACUAUGGGCGUUGCUUCAUUUUCUUGAUCCGCACAAGUUCAGGAGCAAGGAUGACUUUAUUCAAAAUUACAAGAAUCUUAGCUCAUUUAAUGAAAAUGAGUUGGCUAAUCUUCACAUGGAAUUGAGACCUCAUAUUCUUCGUAGAGUUAUCAAGGAUGUGGAGAAGUCUCUGCCUCCAAAGAUUGAGCGCAUCCUUAGGGUUGAGAUGUCUCCUCUGCAGAAACAAUAUUAUAAAUGGAUAUUGGAACGCAACUUCCAAGACCUCAACAAAGGUGUUCGAGGCAAUCAGGUUUCGCUCCUAAAUAUUGUAGUAGAGUUGAAGAAAUGUUGCAACCACCCAUUUCUAUUUGAAAGUGCUGAUCAUGGUUAUGGUGGGGACAUGAAGAUUGCUGGCAGCUCAAAAAUGGAACGAAUAAUCCUGAGUAGUGGGAAACUGGUUAUACUCGACAAAUUGCUUGUGAGAUUGCACGAGACCAAGCAUCGAGUGCUCAUAUUUUCUCAGAUGGUCAGAAUGCUGGAUAUACUUGCAGAAUAUCUUUCACUUAGAGGAUUUCAGUUCCAGAGACUCGAUGGUAGUACCAAAUCUGAACUGCGUCAGCAGGCAAUGGAACAUUUUAAUGCACCUGGCAGUGAUGAUUUUUGCUUCCUUCUUUCAACACGUGCUGGUGGAUUAGGUAUUAAUCUCGCAACAGCUGAUACAGUCAUAAUAUUUGAUUCUGACUGGAAUCCUCAGAACGAUUUACAAGCAAUGAGUAGAGCUCACAGGAUUGGCCAGCAAGAAGUAGUCAACAUCUACAGAUUUGUGACAAGCAAGAGUGUGGAAGAAGAUAUCUUGGAGCGCGCUAAGAAGAAGAUGGUUCUCGAUCAUUUGGUUAUUCAAAAACUAAAUGCUGAAGGUAAAUUGGAGAAGAAAGAAACAAAAAAGGGUGUUUCAUUUGAUAAGAAUGAGCUGUCUGCAAUCUUGAGGUUUGGGGCUGAGGAUUUGUUUAAGGAAGACAAAAAUGAAGAAGAAAGCAAAAGGAGGCUUUUGAGCAUGGAUAUUGAUGAAAUUUUGGAAAGAGCCGAGAAGGUGGAAGCAAAAGGUGCUGAGGUUGAGGGGUCAAAUGAACUGUUGGGUUCUUUUAAGGUUGCCAAUUUCUGUGGUGCUGAAGACGAUAGCGGCUUUUGGAGCCGUUGGAUCAAACCGGAUGCUGUAUCUCAAGCUGACGAGGCAUUGGCUCCCCGAGCUGCUCGAAAUAACAAGAGUUAUGCAGAGGCUACACCACCCGAGAGGAGUAACAAAAGAAGGAGCAGGGGAAUUGAGUUGAUGGAGAAUGCUAGUAAGCACAGGAAACUAGAUUACUCCGCGUACUCUGUCCCAGCCAUUGCAGGAGCUGCUGCUCAAGUAAGGGGAUGGUCAUAUGGCAAUCUGUCGAAGAGAGAUGCGACACGUUUUUCCCGAGCAGUUAAGAAGUUUGGGAAUCAUAGCCAAAUCAGCUUAGUAGCAGCUGAGGUCGGUGGGGCAGUUGAAACUUCCCCGGUGGAAGCACAAAUUGAGCUUUUUGAGGCAUUAGUCGACGGCUGUAAAGUGGCAGUUGAUGCUGGAAGCUUGGAUCCAAAGGGGCCUAUACUUGAUUUCUUUGGAGUGUCUGUAAAGGCUGGCGAUUUACUCAGCCGCGUUGAAGAACUUCAACUCCUAGCUAAGCGUAUCAGUUGUUUUGAUGAUCCAAUCUCACAGUUCCGAGCUGUGAUGUACCUAAAACCUGCAACAUGGGCCAAGGGUUGUGGGUGGAAUCAGAAAGACGAUGCCAAAUUGCUUCUUGGAAUUUACUAUCACGGAUUUGGUAAUUGGGAGAAAAUAAGAUUGGAUGAAAGACUUGGUCUCAUGAAGAAAAUUGCUCCUGUGGAACUUCAGCACCACGAAACUUUCCUUCCACGGGCUCCUAACUUGAACGACCGAGCUUCUCAACUUUUGGAAAUGGAAGCGGAAGGAAAGAUAAAAAGACCCCGCAAGCCUACGAAGAAAGAGAGAGAGAAUCUUGUAAACACGUCGGUGAGCAAUAAUAAUAACAAAGGAAAGCAGGGUAAAGAAGCGGGCUCUUCUAGAGUUGGUGGUAUUCAGACGAGAAAAGGAAGCAGCAGGCCUUUAUUAAGAACGCAGAAAGCCGAACCAUUGGUGAAAGAAGAAGGGGAAAUGUCGGAUACUGAAGAAGUAUGCGAGCAGUUUAAGGAAGUAAAAUGGAUGGAAUGGUGUGAAGAUGUUUUGUCUGACCAGGUUAAAACUCUGAGGCGUCUUCAUAAAUUGCAAACUACCAGCGCUGAUUUGCCGAAAGACAAGGUGCUUUCAAAAAUUAGAAAAUAUUUACAGCAUCUUGGAAGGAGGAUUGAUGAGACCGUGCUAGAAUACGGGAAGGAAGACCGGCAAGAAAGAAUGACAACUAGACUUUGGAACUAUGUGUCGACAUUCUCAAAUCUACCAGGAGAUAGACUUCAGCAGAUUUAUUCGAAACUUAAGCAGGAGUCGGGUGUGGGUCCCUCGAACCUGAAUGGUGGUGGCGGUUCAGGGUCAAGGGGGUCGGCAAGAGGAGGAGGAGGUAUAAACAAAAAUGACAUCUCGAAUAAUGGGAGAUUUGAGGUGUGGAAAAGGAGAAGAAGAUCGGAAGAGGACAGUUACUCGCAGCAGCCGCCCUUGCCCUUUCACAGAAGGCCACAACAACAACCACAACCGCCCUUAGGCAAUGGGUAUAAUAAUAAUAAUAUACAGGUUGAUCAAAAUCCUUCUUCGGGAAUUCUAGGGUCGGCUCCUCCUCUUCUUCCUCCACCAUUUAGAAUGCGGCAUAAUGCGUUUCUUCCUCCAAAGCAGCAGCAAUAAUCAUUUUUCCUCUCAUUCAGCAGCAGCAGCAAACAAAUUCUGUUUUGUUUCUUCUCUGGAUUUUUUUAUGCACGUGAGAAUGGACGAGCAGAGAAUCAGAAAAAACGAGAGGACGCCAGAUCAGAAACCACGCAACUACUUACACUUUGUAAGGAGGGGAGGGGGAAGGGAGAAAGAUGAGUUUUCAUAGAGAGGAUCCAAUUGAUUCGGUUAUUACCAUCAUAGAAAGAAGCUACUAGUUAGUUUAGGGUUGGUUGUUCUUCUUAAUUUAUUUAUAUAUAAUUUGAAGUAAGUAUAUACUACUUAGACAAGGAAGGAGCUGAACAUAUUUUUUGUUUUGUUUUUUAUUCUGACUACUACUUCUUACUACAUGCCUUUAGAAAGAAAUUUGUACAUUAAACAAUUUUUACAGCUCCAAUAUCCAGAAUUUUAAUCUUUCUUUCUU